AUUGGACAGGCGAGCUCCCUGGCGCUGCAGACCGGCCCCAGGUCACCUGGAGGCAGCCCUCGGGCUUUAAUUAAAGGCUGCCUAGUUGUUAGCUCUGGUAUUCAUUUCUUCCUGGCAACUCGGAUUGGUGCAUUUAAAAACAACGUGUCUCUGAUUUCCUUGUACUGGAGCCUCCUGCAGGAAACAGCAGCUGUUCUCCCUCUCGGUGUGUCUGGAGCAGGGACUGGGGCAAUCCUCCCUCGGAUGCUGAAUGCUAUGCGCAAAGCGAUGCCACUCGCUCCCCAAACUCCUCUCCCGCUUGCAUGGAGCGUAGGAGGAUUUGGAGCCGUGUGAGCGGUCGGAAGGGACUCGAUCGAGGUAUUUGCAUGCAGGAUCCGAGCUCCGCGAUUACCAUGCGUGUUGGUGACAUCUGGCGCUGGCAGCUCCCUGGUCCGAAAGAGGGUAAUCUGGACUGAGCCGCGGGAGGUAGACCAGCAGGGACACCCAGCUAGCAGCCCAGCCCGCCUGUUGGAGUCUGCAGCCCGCCUGAGCCAUGGUGAAGGAGGAAUGCAAAGCGCUGCUCGAUGCGCUCAGCAAGGUGACUGCUUGCUAUCGGCACAUGGUGCUGACCAUCGGGGGCACCUCGGACUCGCAGAACCUGCGGGAGGAGCUGAAGAAGACUCGGCAGAAAGCCCAGGAGCUGGCGGUGGCCAACAGGAACAAGCUCACCGCGGUCCUGAAGGACAAGACGGUGAGUAAGGAGGACAAGGCUGAAUUCGAGAGGCUCUGGGUGAUCUUCUCCACUUGCAUGGAAAUCCUGGAGAUUGACAUGAGGAGAGCCCUGGAGCUGGGCCAGGAGUUCCCCCUUAACGUGCCCAAAAAGCACCUGAUCCAGACGGGCAUGAGCGGGGGAACCUCUGGGGUGGCCGCCAGGGCUAUGAGCGUCCAGAACAUGAAAUACGAGGCUGAACACAACAUAGAUGUAGUGGAUUUGAAAGACCUGGAGAACGAGAUCAACCAAGUAGGAGAGAUGAUGUACGAGAUGGAGAUGAAGGUGAAUGUCCCCCAGUGGACAGUAGAGGCUAAACAGGACCCUGGGGCUGAACUCAAAUCCACCAUUAGCGUGGGCGCCUCCUCCAUUGGCAUGAUCUCCGUGGAGGAAAACAAAUCCUUUUGCGAUAUCAGCAAAGUUCUAGCUGGGAUCAUUUUCUCCGCGGUGCUCAUUAUCGCUAUUGUCUUGGCGGUGUGUGUGGUAAAACUCUCAUAGGCUGGCUGAGUGUUCCUGCAAGACAGAGCCACUCCCUCACAAGUAUUUCAUGCAGUAUGGUUCGUUUCAAGAUGGGUCACUUGGAAGAGCUGACAACAUCUUGCAUAUACAAACAAAUCUUUGGAUAGCAUACAAUCUGAUCAUGCUUCCAGCAUCUGGAUGUAUGUGGUUUUGGUUUGUUUGUUUGAAAGCUCUAAAGAGGGGGAAAGGUACAGCCUACAAUAUAGGAUGACUUUUGGCUGGUUUUGUAAUGGUUAACUGUGUGCAAAGUAUCAGGGUAUUAUCACUACAGGCUAUAGCAGGGAUUUGUCUGCUAUUAAUAGAUGACUAUUCUCAAUAGCCUGAAAAAAAAUUUUUUUAAUAGGCUCUGAUGUUCGUUGCUGGUCCGUGUUUACAAAGUAGUUGAGAAUUGCACAGGAUUUGGGGGUGGAUAAGGUGGAUUGCUGUGGCAAAACUAAUAGAUGUGUGUGAGUUUUCCUCUCAAACAUGGGACAUUCUGCCCAGAAGAAAAAAUGGAAAAUCCCAGUAAGAAGAUGUAAACAAUGUAUAUUUUUCUUAAUCCUUGGAGUCUAAACCUAGGAGAGUGUGCAAUCAAUGUUUGAUACCAAAUACACUGUUUGUACAGAUCCUAAUUGCACUUUUUGGCACAGCACACAUUAAUAAUCACUAAAGGAAAUCCAACUCUUAAAAAAAGAUGGAGAAUAUCUUCUGUAGAACAGCUUUCGCAGAGAGAUAUUAACAGGCUCCAUCCCUCCCUUUUAUAUAUCUCUUUUUAUUUUCCCCAUCAGAAAAGCUAAUUCUUGCUCCUUGUCCAAAUUCUUCUUUCCAUGCAAGUGGUUGAACUUCACAUCAGCUGCAAAAUUAAAUAUUCUACAUUUAUCCAAAAUUAGAAGUAGCAAUUUUUAGAACAGGUUGUGGCAAACUAACAAAAUCAUGUAAAGUGAAAACUGAUGCUCUAGCUUGUCUGCCUCUAUUUCUGCAGCAUAAAUAGAGGUCUAAUCUCAUGUUGACCUCUUACAGUUAAUGAGAUCUAUAUACAUAUCUGCAGGAAUCCAGAGGAAACCAGAACUGCAGGGAUCAGUCUUGUCUUUUUUAUUUGCCUGAUUAGGCCAAUUGAAAUGAUUGGAAAUGCAGAAUUGGGCCUAUAGUUGGUAUCUUUGAUUGGAUGUCUCUGCAGUUUUGUGAGAACAGAGCAUAAAGCCUAACUUUGACAUUUUUUUCUUUUUGUUUGAUUGUUUACAUGUAGACAACUCUUUCCCCUCCCCCCAAUAAAACUCUGAGCACUGACACAACACUGACUUUGAAGAGAAUUUCUGUGAUCUCUCGCAUGUAUCCAUUUUUUAAAUAUACAAAUUAUGUACAUCUGUUCUGUUUAAAGUAGACUUGCUCCUAUGCACACAGAUUAUUGAGUAACUAUACAAUGCCACAGGCAUAGAUUGUACUGUUCAGGCAAAUAUAAAGACAAGGCACUGCUUUAUAGGGUUUAAAAUGUAAAGUGAUAAAUUAGAGAUGCCUCUGAAUUGAGCAUAAAGGACACAUUAGUAAAAUUCACCAUGAAAUUUGUUGACAAGAAGUUACUGUGCAUAUGCAGUAGUGUGUAUGUGUGUUUAAACAAAAUCAUGUCAGCUUUCUUAAUAAAACAAUUUUGUAAUUCAAAAGAAGGCAAAAGUCACGGGUUUUUGUGGGGAGAGGGGGUUCCUAGAGGGGAUAAGUUAAAUAGGAAGAGAGUGAGGGGACAGGGCAGGGAAGAAGGUGGUAACGGGACAGGUGUGGAGUGAAGCUGAUGUGAAGAGACUGAGGGAGGAGGGGGAGCAGGAAGGUUGGAGCAAACAGCCAAUCAACACAGGAGAGAGGAAGCACAGUCAAAACCAGGGGCGGCUC